AUGGCAACCAGGCUCGGCAUAUUCCCAGCCCCUGGAGGCCUUGGAGGCAGUACCCUAAGACAACUUCUCGAACAAGUCCCACCUAAUGAUGUGGUGCUCGUCGCUCGCAGCCCAGAGAAACUCUGCAAAGAGAAAGCCGUUGGUGAUAUUAUUCGCACGGCCUAUUACGGCAAUACCCCGACACUGGACCAAUUGUUUGAUGGAAUUUCGUCUCUGAACUUGAUUUAG